AUGGAGGCCCAGCAGCAGAAGUCGGGGAAGCCUUGGAGUGGCACGAACAAAAUCCCAAACAUCAAGGAAUUUGUUGCACGACUCGACAAGGACAAGGCCGAUCGAGACAAGGACAUCGAUUCACACACUCAGAACCAGCGCGCAGCCAAUCCUAAUGAAGCUACGCCUCACAAAAACGAGAAGCGCCAUGAACAUGGCAAAACUGUUACAGACCCGGUCACUGGCAACGAAAUCGUCAUCGCAGAUGUGGGCAAGGAGUAUAUGGCGAGGGCAGACAAUCCUCAGCUUUCAGUUCCGAAUGCCAACCUAGGCAAGCCUACGCCUGUUAAGACAGAGCACUCCCAGUCGAACCCGGAAUACAAAGAGAAGCAAGACAUCACAGCUCCUCCGGACCCGAUCGCUGAAGGAAGCACCUCCGAUGUCCCCAUCCAUGGCGAGAAGACCAAUAUCUUGUUCCACCCUACCCCUUCGGUCAGCUAUGAACCGAUGUUCGCAAUGCUCGAGAAGCGGGCGGGUGGUCUUUGCAUUGCCAUUUUGGCCUCGGUUGUGGUUAUUGGUAAGAUGUUUGGCGGAUCACUCAAGGGUCUGAUACCCCUGGGAAUGUGUCUUGCCUCCGGCGUUUGGCUAUGGAUGAAGGAGGUGGUGAGGAGUGGGCGAGAAGUCGAGUGGCACAGCGAGCAGACGAGAGGAGAAACGGCGGUCGCAAACCUCCUACCCGAAUCAGUGGAGUGGAUGAACACCUUCCUUGGCGUGGUCUGGGGCCUAAUCAACCCGGACAUGUUUGCGGGCGUGGCAGACACCUUGGAGGACGUCAUGCAAGCGUCUGUUCCUGGCGUCAUCAACAAUGUCCGAGUCGCGGAAAUCGAUCAAGGAAACAAUCCCAUCCGAAUUCUUAGCCUACGUGCACUACCCGACUCCAGAGUGGGCGAUUUGAAACAGAGUAUUCAUGAGGAGAACAAGAAGACCAAAGACCCUCAAGAGGCUGCUGCCGACGAAGAAGGCGGUGACUAUUACAACCUGGAGAUUGCUUUCGCCUACCAUGCCAAACCUGCCGGAGCAAGUGCUUCUUCAAAAGCGAGAAACAUUCACAUGAAUCUUGUCUUCUACCUUGGCGUCAAAGGAGUUAUCGGCGUACCGUUGCCCAUCUUCGUCGAGCUCCAAGAGCUGAUUGGAACGGUUCGCCUGCGGCUGCAGAUGACCCCGGAACCACCUUUCGCCAAGAGCCUGACUUUCACUUUGAUGGGCGUCCCUCAUGUGCAGGCAGGCUGUAUUCCGAUGGUCAAGUACGGGGUUAACAUCCUCAACCUGCCUCUGAUCUCGAAUUUUGUCAACUAUGCCAUCGGAGCAGCUGCCAGCAUGUAUGUUGCUCCAAAGUCGAUGCAACUGGACCUGAAGUCGAUGCUGCAAGGUGAUGACAUCACCAAGGACACUCAAGCGAUUGGAGUCAUGUGGAUCCGGAUUCAUCGUGCCAUCGGGCUCAGCAAGCAAGAUCGCCGAGGCAGCAAAUACGGCGGAAGCGAUCCGUACAUUAACUUGUCCUUCUCCAAGUAUGGCAAGCCGAUGUACUGUACUCGUGUCAUCUGCGAUGAUCUUAACCCGGUCUUUGAGGAGACAGCUGCACUUUUGGUAACGCCGGAGCUGAUCAAGGCCGACGAACAGCUCAGCGUUGAGCUAUGGGAUUCGGAUCGCAAUUCAGCCGAUGACAUGGUGGGUAAAGUUGAAUUGUCGAUGCAAAAGAUGAUUCAACAUCCGGGUAAGAUGUAUCCUCAGAUCUCCAAACUGGCUGGUGUGCAAGAUGGCACAGAAAUGCCCGGCGAGUUGCACUGGGAAGUUGGGUACUUUGGCAAACCUAAAUUCCGCCCUGCCAUGCGAACCGAUGGUAAGGACAAGAACCUGCCCUUGAAACUGCAAGACAACGCCCAGUUUCAAGAUGAAAAAGGCACGAUUGACACUGAAGAUUCGGAUGCCGUGGCACACACACCUCCCGAUCCUCUGUGGCCAAGCGGCAUUUGCAGCGUGAUUGUCCACCAGAUUGUCAGUUUGGAACUUGAGAACAUCAAAGGCAGUCAGGGUAACAGAAAGGGUAAAGAGUUUGAGCCGGCCAAACCAUAUGGUGAGGCCACCGAGGAGGAAUCUAUCAGAUUGCCGACCUCGUAUUGUACCAUUCUUUUCAAUGACGCGCUUGUCUACCGUACCCGAGCCAAGGCCGUCAGCAGCAAGCCCAUCUUCAACGCCGGCACAGAGCGAUUCAUGCGUGACUGGAGAUCCGGGAUGGUCACUGUCACUGUCCGUGAUCAGCGGAAUCGCGAGCAUGACCCUAUCCUGGGUGUGGUGCCUCUGCGUCUGUCCGACCUUCUCACCACGAGCUCGCAGGUGACGAGAUGGUAUCCACUUGACGGCGGCAUUGGCUUUGGCCGCAUCAGGAUCUCAGUUCUCUUCCGAAGUGUGGAGCUCAAGCUUCCUCCGAACAUGCUUGGUUGGGACGUUGGUACAUUCGAGUUCAUCUCGGACCAGAUCGUGGCCAAAGGCUGGACGGCCAACACCAAGCUCAAGCUCCGUACCGGCGGUAGCACGGCCAAGGUUUCUCGGACGCAAUGCCACAGCAGUGAAGAGGGUGAUGGCGUCUACUGGGAUGUGUCUCCGCAAAACAAUCAUCAUGUACGCCUUCCGGUCAAGUACCGAUAUCGGUCGCCUGUCAUUUUCGAGUUCCAUGUAACGGGCAAACGUGGUGCAGCGGCGUACGCUUCGAUCUGGUUACAGAACCUGGUUGACAAUCAGGAAACCCCGAUCGACAUUCCCAUCUGGAAGACGAAGAACGGAAGCCGGAUUGUGCAGAACUACAUCACAGCCGAGAAUCUCCGUGCCUUCAAGGACCCGGGUCUAGAAGACCUGGAGGAGGUCGGAAGAUUGCAAUUCCGUGGUCGCUUCAAGGCAGGCAUGGAUGAAUCGCACCGGGACUUUGUGGUGGAUAAUGACACGCGCGAGACAUUCGAGACAUGGGAAGCCUGCCUGACUGAGGGCGUUCGCGAGCGGGUGAUCGAGGCGGAGGUGCCGGAAAGCGUUCAAAAAUUGCACGAAGCUUCUUUGACUGAAGGUCGAGAUGUGCUCAAGCAAGACGUUUCGGAGGAUGAGCGAAGUAAGUGGCUGAGCAAAUCGCCAGAACAAUGGUCUGGCGCGUUCGGCCAUGACCCGAGAGCAUACACCAACAAGCAACAUGAAAAGAUUGCCGAGCCCGGUGUGGAUGACCCUCCGCAUGAUCCUUACAACCCGUCAAGCGAUGAUGACGACGAUGGGAACAGCGAUUCGUCAUCCGAUCUGGGCAUAACCGAUGCCAGCAGCGCCCCGGAUGGGGCAAUGAGUGCCCAUUCAAUGACGACACGGUCGAACGGGACAGAGGAGACACAUGACGAGGCUGGCCGUCCAAGCGCAGAUACAACGAUGACAACCGAUACGAAGUACACCACCAUGACUGAAGCUUCGACAGAUUCCGUGCUUCCCGUGACCAAGAAGGACGCUAGAUGGGACAAAAAGGCGGGGAAGCGAGCAGAAGAUCGUAAACAUCGCGGAUUGUCGCAGUGGACGCCCGCGCGGAAUGUCAAGUUCGCAAAGGAUGAAGCGAAGAUCGGAAUGAGCAAAAUCAAGAAGAGAUUCGCCGGGGGCUUGGGCGGAAGAGAGCCUGGGGUCGAGACUGAAACAGGCGCCUAA